AUGAUCUGCUGUGUGGUGAUCCACUGUGUGGUGAUCUACUGUGUGGGGAUCUGCUGUGUGGUUAUCUACUGUGUGGUGAUCUACUGUGUGGUUAUCUACUGUGUGGUGAUCUACUGUGUGGUGAUCUACUGUGUGGUGAUCCACUGUGUGGGGAUCUACUGUGUGAUGAUCUUCUGUGAGGGGAUCUACUGUGUGGUGAUUUACUCUGUGGUUAUCUACUGUGUGGUUAUCUACUGUGUGGGGAUCUACUGUGUGGUGAUCUACUGUGUGGUGAUCCACUGUGUGGGGAUCUACUGUGUGAUGAUCUACUGUGAGGGGAUCUACUGUGUGGUGAUUUACUCUGUGGUUAUCUACUGUGUGGUUAUCUACUGUGUGGGGAUCUACUGUGUGGUGAUCUACUGUGUGGUGAUCUACUGUGUGGUGAUCAACUGUGUGGUGAUCUACUGUGUGAUGAUAUACUGUGUGGUGAUCUACUGUGUGAUGAUCUACUGUGUGGGGAUCUACUGUGUGGGGAUCUACUGUGUGGUGAUUUACUGUGUGGUGAUCUGCUGUGUGGUGAUCUACUGUGUGGUGAUCUGCUGUGUGGUGAUCUACUGUGUGGUGAUCUGCUGUGUGGUGAUCUGCUCUCUGCCUCGGAGCCCCAGCUCUCUGGUGGGGCUGGAUCGGGGACACAGCCCACUCGGAGCAGGCUCUCUGCCCUGCUUGUUGUCCGUGGCAGUGAUGGAUGCUCCGCAGAACUGGACCCCUGGAGUCCCUCUGGGAACCACCUCAUAG